GACCAGCCUCUUGCAUACAGAAAGCCGGAGAACACCACACUGUGCGCACUCACAGUCACAGCAAAUCUCCACACACAGACACACACAUCUCAGUGUUUUGACUUGAGAGGGACCUCAUUCAGGAAGACAAACUGGAUGUGGAAGACAGAGCAUGAGUCAGCAUUCAUUUCCCUCGUUUCCAAGGAAUCGAUGGAUUCUUUGAUUACCGUGAGAUUCCGUUAGUAAUAUGUGCAAUUUACACUGGUGGAUUGCACUGGCAAUUUUUUUACAAAUAUUUUCCUUUCUCAUCUGUUCUGUCCGGUGUUGUUUUCUUUAUUCAUUGUGCCCUAUGAAGAGAAUUAACUAUCCCUCCUUCCAAUCCUAUUGAAAAGGGGGGCAGAAAAAAAAACAGAGGGAGAUGAGAGCAGCAAAUCCCUUUUUCAUUCCUCUUGUAGUGUUCAAUAAGAGAAGAAUGUGUCGCCUAUCACUCACGGAGGGGAUCAAGUCUUACGGACUGUCCCACGCGCUCAAUGCGCUGCUGUGCAGAGCAGAGAUAGACAGAGAGAGCACGUGAAGAGAACAGCAGCAGCGUCCAGCAGCCUAGACUGAAAAGCCACUACAUAGGAGGACUCAUUUAGCAACCUGUUUCCUCUGUCUGACAGUCUCCUCGCCAGAUUAAUUUCAGGCAAUUGCUAUAAGACAGGCUCCUCGUUGCUUUUUCACCUCUAAAGUCCCUCUCUUUGGAAUGUGGUGUGACACAAUGAGGAUCCUCGCUCUGCUUCUGGGGGUGAAAGCCGCGUGCAUCCUGCUGGUUUCCUCGCUCUCAGGCACGGGAGCAGUCAACAAUAGCGGCCGGUGGUGGGGGAUUGUGAAUGUGGCCUCCUCUGCCAACCUCCUCACCAACUCCAAGAACGUCCAGUUGGUCCUGGACCCUAGCUUAGCCCUGCUGAGCCGUCGCCAGCGCCGCCUCAUCCGCCAGAACCCGGGGAUCCUCCACGCUAUCGCAGCCGGCCUGCAUACUGCCAUCCAGGAGUGCAAAUGGCAGUUCAGGAACCGCCGCUGGGACUGCCCGACCACCCACAGCCCGGCAAUAUUUGGCAAAAUUGUCAACCGUGGUUGCCGAGAGACAGCGUUUGUGUUUGCGAUCACGAGUGCGGGGGUGACCCAUGCGGUGGCCCGCUCCUGCUCUGAGGGGGCCAUUGAGUCGUGCACCUGUGACUACCGUCGCCGGGGGCCUGGGGGCCCUGACUGGCACUGGGGCGGCUGCAGCGACAACGUGGACUUUGGCCGGAUGUUCAGCCGGGAGUUUGUGGACUCCAGCGAGAGAGGAAGGGAUCUCCGAUACCUCAACAACCUACACAACAACGAGGCAGGGAGAAUGACAGUGUCGUCAGAGAUGCGACAGGAGUGUAAAUGCCAUGGCAUGUCAGGGUCAUGCGUCGUGCGUACCUGCUGGAUGCGUCUACCCAGCUUCCGCGCCGUGGGGGACUUCCUGAAGGACCGCUUUGACGGAGCCUCCCGGGUCGUCUACGCCAACAAGGGCUCCAACCGCGCCUCUCACCGUGCCGACCCACGCCAUCUCGAACCCGAGAACCCCGCCCACAAACCCCCAUCGUCCAGAGACCUGGUCUACUUCGAGAAGUCGCCCAACUUCUGCUCCUACAACGGCAAGACGGGUACCCACGGUACCUCUGGGAGGAACUGUAACAGCUCGUCUCCGGCGCUGGACGGGUGUGAGCUCCUGUGUUGCGGUAGAGGGUUCAAGACCCAGACGGAGAAGGUCACUGAGAGGUGUCACUGUACGUUCCACUGGUGCUGCCAUGUCAGCUGCCUCAACUGCACCAGCACACAGACGUUACACCAGUGCCUCUGAUCGGGGGUGAACCAGGAGGACAGGGAUGGGGAGGUGAAGAUGAGCUGGUUCUUUGGGCAGGUGGUGUGUAGAUAGAGGAGUAGGGUCCUGUGGGUUGGCGUGGUAGAUAAGGGAAGGGCUAACUCUAUAAAGGGGAAAUUGGAGGGUGAAAGAAAAGUGAAUACCGGGAGUACUAGAUUUGAAUCAAUGUUUCUGAGGAAGAGGGAAGAGAGAAAAGCACAACUAUGACUACAGGGUGUAGAAAGAGGGCGGGUGUGUUGUGUGUGAACAUGUGUGCUUACGUGUGCUUGCUACUGACACUGUGGUAACGUGAGAGUAUGUAAGUGUGCUUACUGGGUAUUUAAAAUGUUGUAGCUAUCCAACCACGUAGAACGGAAUGGAAACCAAUCCUCUCUAUGGCUUCCCAGCACGAGUAACAAGACCAGAGGCAGCUUAGGUAAAAGGAAGUAGUUAAAACAGGAAAUAGAAUUGUGGCAAGGAAUAAGCAAACAAAAUUAGUCAGAGAGACGCUGGUAUUGAAGGCUUUUGCCCUCUCGGACCUUACAAGAUACAGUUAGUCUCUCUGUUCUCUCCACCUCUUCCCUCUACAGCAAGAGAUAGGAGUGUGGGUAGUGGAGAGAGGAGUGAUGGGAGAGGAGGAGAGAGAAGCGAGGGGAGAUGUGAGGAGGGGACAGUUACCGGACAAUGUCAGACAGAUGUCUCUGUGGCGGGAAAAACACAAGCGUGGUCUCUCAUAAACCCGGUGAAGAACUUUAACAAGAGGGUGGUUAUUUUAAACAUCACAGUUUGCUAUGUACUUAGGUCCUGGACGCAAACCAAGCCGUUAUGGUUCCCUGUCGAACUCACCACACAUGCCCUCUUUGUUCAGAUUGCUCUGGAAUCUGCUGCACCUCGACCCGGAGUUACCACAGUGAUUUACUGCGCCACGAUAACUGACGUUAAAUGACUGGACGUUGUAGGAUAACAGAAAAGCAUUAGACAAAAUGUUAUAUCAACCUGGAAUAAAAUCGUAAUAUGUAUGAAUAGUUUUAAUGUAGUAUCAAUACACUGAAUAUUGGAGAGUAUAACUAGAUGUAUGUUUUAGUGUAGGAUAUAGGGGCACUGCAAGAGAACUGGGGUGACCUGUCAAAUAGUGAGACCUGCCGUAUGGCAACCCUGUCCAUAAAAUGGGAACCAGUGCCAAAUACUGAUACCUGUAGUCAACCUUGCAAACUAUUCUGUUAGCCUAGGAGGUAUACCUAUGUUGACAAAGACUCAAGACAUUGCCCUGCUGUGGCAACAUGCGACAAGUGUGUAAAAUAAUCCACCAUCUUCCUGUCCAAGUUUACAGUGGACAGACAAAGGUUUUCCCAUUCAAUAUGACCUGCAUCUAGCUGUGUACCAUAAACUGAGGGGAAAACCUUUAAAGCUGCAAUAUGUCACUUUUUGGGCGACCCAACCAAAUCCACAAAGAAAUUUGAGUUAUAGAUCUGGCAUCCUCAUUGAAAGAAAGUCUAAGAAGCGGUAGAGCUGUUCUAUGUGCACUAUUUCUUUGCUUCCCGUGCUUAUUUUUUGCAUCUUUUACUUUUGCGUUUGUACACCAGCUUCAAACAGCUGAA